UAAAGGCGCAGUACAGUUUAAGAAAAACAAUAGCAGCGCAGCAGCAGUAGACAAGUACGGACAGAUCCUUUUAAACCAGACAAGUUAAACAGGCGGUAAACCGGAACUGGUAAGAUAUAACUGGUUGAAGACUUAUUAACGUUUUUCCUCAGCACUGUGUGGGUUCCUGCAAGGAUACUCUCCUCUGGGUUACCACUAACAAGAUGUAUCAGAGAUGAUGAACUCGGUUGUUGUGUUCAACCUCCAGGAAGCAUAAUGUGCAUUGAUCAGCGACACCGAAUAAGACUGUUAGCCACAACGGAAACAUUGUUGUCUUCCUGAGUAUAGUGUUGCAUCCAGGUGCAGUCUGUCUGUUUUGAUAUCGCAUGUAGGCACAAAAUGGAGGCUAAUACGUCGUUAAGUUGUCUGCUGGAUGGUAUGGAGCCGUGUUAGGCUUAGACUGGUUCUGUCGGACAGAGAGAAAGAGGAUAUGUCAGGAAUAGAGUGAGCUCAGCUACUGUUGGCUCCAAACUCUAACGUUAGUGAUAUUAGGCUGUGCGCACAGUCCAAACCGGAUGUUUGGUGUAAUGAACCGCCUCUACAGCCACUAAAGUAGAGGUAACACAACAUGAGCGACUCUGGGGAUCCAGCCGGUGUUCCCGCCUCCUCCGGCCGCAGCAGAGGGACCGGGCAGAGUUUGACGGCGGGCAGAGGAGCACUCCCAGGCCGGGUCAGGAGUCUGUCCUCCCCGGCUCCACCUGGAAGACUGACGUCCCUCAGAACCAGGGACCUGACUCUGGGGGGAGUCUUCAAAAAACCAAAGAAAACCUUUGAGCCAAAUGUCCACGCCGUGAGGAAAAGCAAAGACGAGUUGAAGGGAGAGAUCUCUGUGGCUCCAAAAAAGGAGAGAAGAGAGAGGGAUGAGAGGAGGAGAGAGAACAGAGGGAGGAGGAGAGAGAGGCCUCAGACUAUCCAGUCUCACUCCAUCUUUGAGCAGGGUCCCGCCGACACCGUACGCAAAACAGGCUGGCGUGGUGCUACAGACCUGCAUGACUCCGCCACCUCUCCUGUGUGUAAACUGGUGAAGAAAGAGAGGAACGUCUCAGAGGAGGAUGAAGAUGAGAUACUCAGUAAACUACAGAGGGAUGAUUUCAUAGAUGAUCCAGGUCUGAGGAAUGAUGCCAAGCUGAAACCCACCCAGCUGCCUCUGUGUCAGUCCAGUAGCUUCAAUAAGAGUCAGACACUGACAACCACCACAACAUGUCCAGAGAAAUCUCCUCUGUUCAGACCUCCGUCCUGCAGAGCUCCGAGCAGAGCGGACUACAGCAGCAGGACAGAGCUGCCCAAACCAGAGCAGCCGUCCGUGGUAGAGCUGCUGCAGGACCUCAGCCUGUCCGGCAGAGAGGAGCUCUUCUUCAUGCAGUUACCUGACAGUAUGCCGGGGUCCAGAGCGUCCGGACAGAAGGCUGACCCCCCUCCUUUAGGAUCUGCAACAGAGAAAGCUGCCAAGAAGGAAGGCAAGCCUGAAGACAAGAGGACGGCACAUCUACAAGCACAAGAGGCUGCGGGGAAGGACAGCUGUCCUGUGCUGUCCCAACUCCCAGAAGGAUUUUUGGGUAAACUGCAGAUCAGGAAGUCAGGAAAGGUGGAGCUGAAGCUGGGUCACAUCGUCAUGGACGUCUCCGAGGGAGCCGCGUUCUCCUUCCUGCAGCAACUGGUGUCUGUGCGUCUGUCUGACGGUCGGACCGGAGACAUGAUGGUGUUGGGAAACGUCCACCACAAACUGGUUUUGUCUCCUGACUUCCAGGCGUUACUGAGACAAGCUGCAACACAGCAGCAACAAGGACCCUGAUUGGCUCUCAUCGACUCCACAGAAACCCAACAACACGGCUGGAAGUCACGCACUCUUCAGCGGUUGUGUAGGAUUCCUGAUCUGAUGUUUUGUUACUACACCGACCAGAGGUCUGUACUACGAAGCCAGUUCAACAUACCCAGGAUAUCUUCUCCUUAUCUGGCUUCACUAACCCUAACAAACGAGAUCCCGCUAAGCGGUUCUACGACGGUGAAUCAACUCGGUAAAUCA